AUGGCAAGUCCUCUGGAGAAGGUGGUGGCCCAGAAGAAAGAGGCCAUCGAGGCUGUGAUGGAGAGUUUUGAGCGAGGGGCUGAGGUGUUGGCCAGCGCAGUAGGCGAGCUAUUCCCUCUCUGUGUGGCAGCCGCCCCUGUCCUACGACUAGCCCUGGACAACGUGCAGAGCAAAGAGGUCUUCUAUGUCAAAGAGCAGUUCCUGGCCGUGAGGAACAAGCUGGAUGUACUGUCCACCCAGCUGGAAGACAUUGAUUGUGAGAUUAAGAAGGGCCGGCUGGAUUCCCAGUACUUCUCGGUGGAGGAGAACAUCAGGAACCAGUUCCGGAAGUAUAUGCACAUUCUGGAAGCCAAGCCACAGUUUCAGGAGGUCAAGAAGAGACUGUUUCUGGAGCACUUCUCCAAGACCGGAGGGGAGAAGAACCUGUAUGUGCUGUAUGAUGCUCUGAUGGGCACCAACAGCUUUGGGGAGUCCAUCUUGGAGGUGGUGGAGAGGUAUGAGGCAGGAAACAGGCGCCUACUGGAGGACUUCUGUGUGAGGAUGAAGGAGCUCUUCUGCCUGGGCCUGAUUGCCCUGAUGGGCCACUGUGCCCUCACCAAGGGCCCCGAUGAGGAGCAGGAAACCAUCCACGUCUGGAGCAGAAAAAUUGAGGAACUGGAAUUAAAGAUGAAGGCAUGCAUCGAGGCCUGCGUAGCAGCCUUCCCUAAACAGGCCCACCUUGACGCCAAGCGUCUUCUCCAGGAAAAAGAGGAACGCAAUCUUCAGGACACUGCUCAGGUAGUACAGGAAUUUCUCACCAGGAAGUACGACUGGGUGAGCUGGUCGGUCCGAGUGGUCAACCACUCUGGCAGCAGCUAUCAUAACUGGCGUGCCGGGGACCACUUCCAACACAUGGCCGGUCAGAACUGUUUUGAGGUGCUGCAGGUGAACGAUACCAACCUGGUGGUUUCCUACAGCACCAGUCCCCAACCAGUGCCCCGCGACUGCAUCCGGCAACUGAUGGAGGGGCCGGGGAAGAAGGGUGAUGCCCAGGCCGUGGUGGAGGUCCUAGAGAAGCAGCUCACGGGGUUUGUGGUGCACGCUGUCAGUCACCAUAAGGAGUGUGAGGCCACCUGGAGCUUCCCUGAGGACUGCCACUACUGGGAGAAGCACAAGAACGUGGCGCUGUGCAUACACUCAGAGUGA